CCGACUGCUCCGUCUCCGGGUAGCUCAGUCGGUAGCGCGCGCGGCUCUCAAUCGUAUGACCGCGGUUCAAGUCCCACUUCGGGAGCAUCAAUUUUACAUUUUCCCUUUAUUUUGUCACCCGCCGCGCUCUGUCCUCACCGGAACCGGCGCGGGAUCGGUCCGGAGCGACCGCAUCUGCGAAUCCCGCACCGGAGCCCGGAAUCGUUACUUCAUGUCUCCAUGGGGAUGGGCGACUGUCAGCGCGUUUCUGUAGUGUAGUGGUUAUCACGUUCGCCUCACACGCGAAAGGUCCCCGGUUCGAAACCGGGCAGAAACACGGCUUUGACUUUUACGCUUUACUCCUCCUUUUUUUUCCUUUUUAAUUUUCCCACUUUUAAACGCCCUGUUUUGCCCAUUUUUUCCUGUUUUUCCCCUCUUUUCCCGCUCCCUGCAGCACUGCCGGACAGUUCCCCGCUGUUCCCAUAGGGAUGCAUUCUUUUUCCUAAUGCAGGUCUUCCUCGUGGGUUCGCAAUUUCCUAGAGCCCGUAAUUAGCAGGAUAAUUAGGAAUAUAAUUAAGCAGAACAAUUAGUACGUCUCUCUGUAAUCACUAUGAAGUAAUGCCCAUAAAGUGCAACCAGCAGCCCGGCUAGCUCAGUCGGUAGAGCAUGAGACUCUUAAUCUCAGGGUCGUGGGUUCGAGCCCCACGUUGGGCGCUUGCAUUUUUGCUCAAAUUCCCUGAUUCCAAACCCACGUAAUUCCGUUUAGUUAAGCAGUGUCGCAUCCAACGCAGCAGCGUGCAGUGCACGUUGUAUCUCAUUACAUUUCUAUAUUUCAGCGUAUUUCUGUUUUUAUUCCAAUGUUCGUCUAUAUUCCAUCCCAACAAGGAGACCUCGAUGAGUUUUCUUUUGAAGUUCCUUACAAUAAUUGCAUAGGGGGGAGAAAUUCCCUUCCCCGCCCUCUUUGCUGCUUGAGGAGAGGAUAAAAUCUGAGUUUUCCUCCGAGUUUUCCCCAGAUCCGCCCAGUUUGGCAGUCUUAUGCUGGGCAUCCACAAGCUGCUCCCGGUCCUACCAGCAUCCCCUUACGGGCUGAGAUCUCCCAGCCCCACUUGGCUCAGGCUCAGCCUUCGGGGCCGGAUUUCCCCUAUCAGCGAGGAGAUAAGGAGGAGGAAAGGCCUUUUAUUCCCUCUGCGGAUCGGAACCCAGCAGGAAGCCCAUGGCCACGCAGAGCCCCUUGGACAGCCUGCAGAGCGAAGCCUCCUGCUCCAUCUGCUUGGGUUACUUCCAGAAUCCCGUCUCCAUCCCCUGCGGCCACAAUUUCUGCCGGGUUUGCAUCUCCCGCUGCUGGGAAGGACUGGAGGGUAAUUUCCCCUGUCCACAAUGCAGGAAAACGACGUUGCACAAAAAUUUCCGCCCCAGCAGAGAGCUGGCAAAUAUCGCCGGCAUCGCCCGGCAGCUGAGCUUGCAUUCCUCGACUUGGUGCAAGCAGCACUGCGAGGCUCUCAAGCUCUUCUGCAAAGAGGACCAAGAGCCCAUCUGCGCUCAGUGCGACGCGUCCCAGGCUCACCGCUGCCACACUGUGCUCCCUGCCCACCAGGCGGCCCAGGAGUACAAGGAAGAAAUCCAGGCUCGCCUCCAGGCUUCAAAGGAGGAGAGGGAAAAAUACCUGGAAAGCAGAAAGACUGGUGGAAGGACAGGCUUGUAUUUGGAGAAAACCAAGAAGGAAGGGAAGAGGGUAGUGUGUGAAUUCGAGCAGUUGCAGCGAUUUCUGAAGGAGAAGGAGCGUUUCCUGCUGGUCCAGCUGGCAGACCUGGACAGAGCCAUCGCCAAAGUGCAGGAGGACGCGGUGACCAAGGUGUUGGAGGAGAUGUCCCACCUCGACACCCUGAUCUGGGAGAUGGAGGGCAAAUUCCAGCAGCCCGACAGCAAAUUCCUGCUGGACAUCAGGAGGCUCCUGAAUAGCUGUGAGGUGAUGAAGUUCAGCCCCCCGGCAGAGAUUUCCCCCACUCUGGAAAGAAGAUUGGAGGACUUUCUUCACAAGAACGUCCUGGUGAGAUGCACGCUGAGGAAGUGCCAAGACAGCCUGAUGUUUCAACUGCAGGAGCCAGCCAACAUCACCAUGGACCCCACCACCGCUCACCCCAACCUCCACCUCUCCGAGGACCGAAAACAAGCCCGGGGUCAACUGAUGCCGCAGGAGCUCCCCGAGAACCCCGAGAGGUUCAGCUUCGAGCCCUGCGUGUUGGGCUGCCAGGGCUUCACCUCGGGGAGGCACUUCUGGGAGGUGGAGGUGGGACAGGGGGGGGUUUGGGCCCUUGGGGUGGCCCGAGCUUCCAUGAAGAGGAAGGGACCCAUGAGCUUCAGCCCCAAAGAAGGGGUCUGGGCGCUGGAGGCCUAUCACUCCCUCACGUCCCCCCGUGCCAACCUACGUCUGAAUGCACUGCCCAGAAGGAUUCGGGUCUCCUUGGACUACGAAGGGGGUCGGGUGGCGUUUUUCAGCUCGGAUGACGACACUCCCAUCUUGGUGUACACCAGGGCUUCGUUCAACGGGGAGAAGGUCCUCCCUUGGUUCAAGAUAGGGAUGGGGGCUCGCCUGCAAGAAAUCACCCAAAAUUCCCCUUCGGAGGAGCAGCCCACGAGCGGGCAGCUGAUGUCUCAUCUGGACUGGGUCGGGUUCAGGUCUCCACUAAAGAUCUGUUCUUGAGAUGCCCGUUAGUGAAAGGGAAGUCGGGUGGGAUGCGUGCUGCGCUCGCUUGGAGCAUCCUGCCAAGGGGACCAGCUGCUCCGUGCCAUGUCUGUCCCCAUGGGGAGCCCUGGGUUGGUUCCUCUGCAGAAACCACCAGAGAGCAACAAAGAGCUGGGAGGAAAUGCAUACAUCUGUCUGUUCUCUAUCUGACAUCCAUGGCGGGGCAGAUCUGGGGUGUUCUGCAAAGGGAUGCGGCCUUUCGCUGCAAAUAGCAAUGCCUGGUGUGGGGAGCUGGUCUCUGCCUACGUUCCUGAUAUUAAUCUUAAUUAAAAGUCCGUUCUGCACACUCCUUUCUGCCUCACUACGGGUGCACGGCUCUGGGUUGGCUUUGGGUGCGUGGCUCCGGGUCAGCGUGGGGCCAGCAAAGUGAAGGGGAGCUGCUCAGGGUGAGGACUCACCUGCCCGGAUUCCCUCAAAAACCCUGCUUUCUUCUGAGAAAGCACAAAAGAGGAAGAGGCAGCACCGAAACGAACACAGGUUGGUGAUUGUAGAACCAAAAAAGAGGAACAAAAAGAGAGUGGGAGGGAGCGGGCGACGUCAGGGCUCAGAAUAGCAGAUGCGAUAUGAGUGUGCAUCCCACGACGCAGCCCAGCCUCAGCAUCCCCAAAGGUCAAACCUACAGCUGGUAUUUCAGUACGGCUCUUUGCUGCGUUGGUAUUUUUCCUCAGUGCCGUGCAUUGCUGCCAAAUGCUCCCACCAGGGUCAAUUCUCCUCCAUAAAUCUGCAACGCAGAUGUUUCUCCAGCCCGGCUGGUUUUCCAGGCUCUGCAAUCAAGUGCUUUUCAGGACACGACGAAACCCAUUUGCCCCAUCUAAGAUGGGAGCCUUGCUUUGGGAUGAAAGGCUCUGUGCCCCAGGGGUUGCAGUUGCAGGCAGUUUGCUUCUGCUCCCUCAGCUCCCACAAGUGCCAUCCCUGCGGCUCUUCCCAAUGGGAAGGGUUUGCUGGAAGUGGGUUUCGCCCCUGCAAACCUGCCCGAGUGAAUGGCAGUCGUCUCCUUCAGUUGGGUCUCAGUGGUUGCCAUGCAAAAAUUAAAUAUAUACGUAACGCAUGGAUUUAUUCUGUUUUUGUACUCAGCCGUGGGGCUCAGCACAAGGGCAGCGGGGUGGAAAUGGCUGGAAAUGUUUCCUCGAGAGCUCAGAGCCAGGACUGUGGGCGCUCUGAGUCGGUGUUGGGCUGCAAGAGAAGAGGCUGAGCCCCACAGAUCGACCCUUGUGCUCCUCCUCAUCCCCACAAGGAUCUGCCUGCGCGUUUCCUCCCCUAUUUCCUUAUGGUUUCCCCACGUAACCCCACUCCCGACGGCUUUAUCCUAAAAGGAAGCUGACAAAACUGCAAGGCGACGUCGCUCAGCAUCUCCCCAGGACAAGAAACUGGGGAAGAGACAGAGGAGAAACCCAGAGCUCCCAGCCCAGGGUGCCACCAGGAGCAGAC